AUGUGCAAGCAGAACUAUAAGUUGAACGAGGGACGUACCUCGAGUGAGAACGCCAUCGCUCUCUGUGCCACCUGCCACGACUGGCUCGACUAUGACCUCAAUUACUUCCUGGAGUUCAAGAGGGAAGACCGCGUACGAAGACGUCUGGCAUCAUGGAAUGGGGAGAUCAAUUUGCGGCAGACUCUAUCAGCCUGUUUUCCUUCGGAAGCAUAUCGCCUCACUCUCCUCCCUCGACAUCACGCAGGCCGUUCGUUACCUGCGCGAAUGGCGGAGAUGCAGCGCUUCGGGCCCCUGUUGCAGGAUAGGGAAGGGUAUUCCUGUCAGAGAAUUUGUUUUGCUUCAGAGCUCUAG